UUGUGGCAAAAACUCUUCAAAAAUAACUUACAAAAAUAAACAUACGUGGGACAAUUUUAUGGUUAGGAAAGCAAUUGUACAACAAAUUACUAGGAAGACAAUUUCAAUUCAUUAGUUAAAGAUCCAAGACAAUCUCAAUUCAGUUACCAUGCAACACUGUAAAAUCAUACCUCCUUUGUUUUCACAAAUCACACAAUCACUUCUGCUCAAUAGUGUUACAUACAUCGUCUCCCCGCUCUCCAUUUCUCUAGUAUCCCCUUAAGAGCACUCGAAAAGCGAAAAAAUACGUACGUACCAUGGCUAAAAGUUCGCUAUUGUGCAUAAUUCUCUCUAUUUUUUUGCUUGUAGUAAGGUGCUCAUCAGCUUGUGAUAACAACACUGGUUUAAAGGGGAUAUUUGCAUUUGGAGACGACGUCGUUGACAAUGGGAACAACAAUAACAUUCCUACAAUUCACCUAAAGAGCAAUUACAUGCCCUAUGGUGUUGAUUUCCCAUUCGGCCCUACGGGCAGGUUUAGCAAUGGUAAGACCAUUGUUGAUUGUGUCGCGGAUAACCUUAAACUUCAAUCUCCUCCACCUUACCCGGAUUUUUUCCACAAGGGUACCCCUCUUCUUGAUGGUAUCAACUUUGGCUCCUCUGGCACUGGCAUUUUCGGUAUUACCGGUGGACUCUUAAUAGGAGUUCAACAUAUGGACCAACAAAUAAACAGAUUUAAGAACAAUAUUCUGCCAAAGUUGAAGGAUAUGCUAGGAUGCAGUGGAGAAGUCAUACUUCCUCGGUAUUUGUUUGUGAUCGGAGCAGGAAACAACGAUUACUCUUCGUAUUACAUAUUGAAGCAAUACUUAUUCAUAACUCCCGAAGUUUUUGCUGCCAAUCUCGUCAAGCAAUACGUUGAAUACAUCACAGACUUGUACAAAUUGGGAGCAAGAAAAUUCCUAUUGAUCUCAACAUAUCCACUAGGAUGUGGUCCUGGCAUAGUACAGGAAAGAAAAGAAUGCGUAAAAUUUCUAAACGAUGCAUCAGCAAUGUUUUACGACCAACUACAAAUCGCGCUUAAGCAUCAGCAACAAAACUUUCUUGAUGCUGAAUUUUCAGUCCUUAACUCGUUCCAGCUUCUCUCAGAUAUUAUAACUAACAAUGCAACAGCAGCCGCAGCAGGAUUUAAGAAUUGUAAUUGCGCGUGCUGUGAUACCAACCUAGGAGGUACUUGUAAGAAGGCUGGUAAAACAUGUCUAAACAGAAAUGAGUAUUUGUACUAUGAUGGAAUUCAUCUUACUGAAGCAGCAAAUUGCUACUUAGCUAGCAAGGCUUUCGACUCGGCUAAUACUACCGAAGUUAGUCCGGUUAAUGUUAAGGAGUUGAUCUCAGGCAAGAACCAUAAUUAGGAGGAGACUUUAUCUUAGACGUAGAUCAAGAUUUAGGAUCAGAGACUAUCUUUCAGUUUCUAGCUUAACUUUCUUUUAGUUCGUUUUUUCGCUUUAUGUUUUUUUUCCCUAAGCAGUUUUGUUCUAAGUCGUUGUACAUGAUCAAUUUUGGAAUAAGAGUUUGAUUUUUUUUAGCAAAUUGUGCCUUCUUUGGUUUUUCAUAUAGAAAAGGACUUCUAGCUAGGUUCCGAAAAUAAUUAAAGGUUAUAGAGUGACCGAUUUAUUUUAUGAUUUCUAACGCGGUCACUGGUAGCUCGAUUACCUUCCCUAAAAACAUGUCUAAUAACACAUAAAAUAGUUGAGAAUUGUAAAAAUGAUCAAAACUCUAAAAGCAGUUUUUUUUUUUUAGUUACUCUUGUUUAA